CCUUUGCACUCUCUUUUUCUUCGCGAGACGGAGAGCCUCUGGCACCCUUUGGCAGAGGGACGCUCGCGUCGCGGCCCUCAUCUCGACGCCUCAAUUCCACCUCUCGUCCAGCAGCCUCCAUAAAACGAAGGGAUCGGCUUGUUUCUGCUACGUCCGCUUCAUUCCUGCCAAACUCGUUAGACUCCUUUUCUCUUCUCUCGUCUUCUACUUCCUACUGUGUUCUUCUGCUCUUUCCCUCUCUUCCGCGUCUUCUCUCCCUCCGUCUUCCUCUCCUCCUCCCUCUUCUUCAUCUCGUUCUUCCUCUCCUUCUUCUGCUCUGUUUGUUUCUUCCUCUUCUUGCCAGUCUCCAUCCGUUUCUCCACCCCGAUCUGCUUCUUUUUCUCUCUCUUCUUCCCUCUGCGCUUCCUCGAAAAUGAGUCGGUCUCGCGGUGACUCUCUCUGUCGCUGUGUGCCUCCAGCUUGCACAAGACCACCGGGAGCAGACCGGAGACAGCUGUGGAGGCGCGUCUCUCCUCCGUCUCUCUCGCCUUUGCUUCCUUCGCGCGCGUUGCUUUCGCUCUUGCUUCUCACCCUUCUUCCCUCCAGUCCAAGGCCUCUCCUCGCCGUCUCCACCGGAGAGACAGGGCCGCUGGAAAUUCGCGGCUUGAGCACACUGGGACCAGAGAGCUCUCUCAGGCCGAAGGCAGAGACGAGUCGAGGCCUCACAGAAGCCGUUGAUCUCCUAGGUGUCUCCAGAGCCGUAAAGGUUGCGGAAGCGAGAGGAGACUGCCCUCAGAAUGACGAGAAAAGAGACUCUACAGCAACGACCCAGCCAGCGAGAGAAGAGAGGCGGAAACUUUCUGCAGAAAAAGAUGGAUGCGACACAGGCACCUGUGACAGGCGCACGGGAGGGACAGGUAACGCGGAGCGUCGGCUUGCGAGGUCUCUUAGUGGGGACAAGAAGAAACCGGGGAACUCGGAGUUUUCGUCUCCUUUUUCCAGGGUGGCUGUGAAAGCGGGAGCCGCUGCAGGGGAGAGAAGACAGAAACGAAGAGAAGAAGAAUCUCCUGUCUCUCCGGCCUCUGAGUCUGCGAUUGCCACUGCGCCUGCCAGUUUCUUCUGGCCUCCCGCGUCUGAAGCAGAGGCGCCUCCAGCUGUCGAAGACCUCUUCUCGAUAGCACUCGAUUCUCCUUCUUGGGGACUUUCCUCGACUUCGCCGGCUCGCUGGGCGCCGCCUCACCUUGCAACGGGAAGCGCCUCUCGAUCUUCACCUUCGCAUGAUGCGGAGCAUAGUGGAGAGACUCCGGGGACCAGCACAGCUGCUGUUGAAGCGAGAGAAUUUACAGACGUGGAGGCAGAGGGAGGAAGAGCAGACGAUGCGGAAGCGUGGAAGAGAGAAGACGAAGGAAAAGCUGAAGAUGGUGGAAAAGCAGGGAAAGGUGGAGGCGAGAGUUCGAGCAGGAAGGAAAUCGGCGACACACAGCAAAAGGAGGAACAGGUGAAGGAAAUGCACUGGGAUGAGGCGAGAAGAGAGCAUGCUUGGGAGGCGCAGAGAUCCCGCGCUUUCUCUGAGAAGCCUUCAUCGCCUCCCUACACGAAUCCGUCUCCUUCUCUCUUCCUUCCGGCCGCUUCACCUAUCGACUCCUCAGGCUUGAAUCUCGAGGCAUCUUCUUUCUCGCCUGCCUCUUCUUCGCUGUUCUCUCCGUCCUUUGUCGGGAGUGAAUCUUUGUCUUCUCUUCCCGGUAGUUUCUCUUCUGCUUUCUGGGGUGAGGGAGGGCGCGAAGCGCCGACUCUCGUCGUUCUUGGAACUUUUGACGAGCACGUGGAAAGCGAAGAAGGGGAAGCGCAGGACGCAGAGGAGACAGAACGCCGUCGUCGAAGUGGAGAGGAGAGGGAGAAGCUGCGCCGAAGCAGAGGCCGGACAGACGCCGCACCUGCAGAGAGCAGCCGAGAGGGAAGGAAGCAGGGAAGAGAGAAACGAGAAGAGAGAGGAGAGCCACAAACAUCUGUCGGAGCAGGAGUGCUGCCGACGCUGGGCGGAGACGCCCCCGGGACAGACCGCAAGGGGGGGCCAGAGCGCCGCGACAGAGAGACGGCACUCACGGAGAAGAAGACACGCGAGACAGGAAGAAGAGACGGGGAAAAAAGAGGGAGACAAGACGGACGAGAAGGCCGCAGACCAAAAUGGGAGGACGAGCUCGACUCAAAAAACGAAGAGAAAAGGGGAAACAAAGAAGAGAGUGACGAAGGACGGAGAGAAGAAGGAAAGGGAGAAGAAGGACAGAGAGAAGAAGGACAGAGAGAAGAAGGAAAGAGAGAAGAAGGACAGAGAGAAGAAGGAAAGAGAGAAGAAGGACAGAGAGAAGAAGGACAGAGAGAAGAAGGACAGAGAGAAGAAGGAAAGAGAGAAGAAGGACAGAGAGGUGACGGAGAGAGAAAAGGAACAGGAGAGGGAGAAGAAACAGGGGAGAGAAAAGAAGAAGAAGAGCCAGAAGAGAAGGGAGAGGAGGAGACGGGCGAGAAGGAAGAACAGAGAAGGAAGCACGAGGCAGAAGGCCUGUUGCCGGGACAGGCGCAGAACCACGGCGAAGGCCAAGUUGUCAUCUGGGCAGGAGACAGAGAAAAUUCGUCUAGUCUAGCGAAGAACAGAGGAGAAGCGGAGGCUGCAAAUGCGCGCGAUGCGAGGGGACGAGACGAGGAGAACACGAGAGAUGAACAGGGAAAUGAACAGGGAAAUGAACAGAGAAAUGAACAGGGAAAUGAACAGCGAAAUGAACAGAGAAAUGAACAGGGAAAUGAACAGAGAAAUGAACAGGGAAAUGAACAGGGAAAUGAACAGGGAAAUGAACAGGAAAAUGAACAGGGAAAUGAACAGCGAAAGAGAGAAGAGCAAGGAGACGAAGAGAUCGCGGAAGGCCUGCCAAGGGGAGUGCUGCCUACCGACGGGGAAAGGAAGGUCGCAGAGAGGGCGACCAACAGACAAGGAGGUGGAGGAGACGAAGCAAGAGCAGAAAGAGAGACCGAAGAAGAACGCAAGAAAGUGGAGAAGAAGGACAAGGAGCGAGACGAGAACAAGGAUGAGAAGCAGGGUGAGAGAGCCGGGAGGAGCAACAGUCACGAGCAGAGGAAAGAUGCAGAGAAAGGGAAGAGCGAAGACGCAGAGGACGCGAUGGAGACGGAGAAACAUGCUCGCGAAAGCGAAGAGGAGACGGCAGAGGGAGGGAAGACCGAUGCGGAGAGAAACCGGAACGCAGCAGAUGAGACGAAUCAGAAGAAGAAAGGAGAUACGGAGAACACAGACAGAGCAGAAGACAUCAAGAAGAACGACGCAGAGAAUAGAAGCCAGGAGGAAAAAACAGAGGAAAAGCGUGACAUACCUGCGUCUAGAAAAGAACAAGAAGACACCGGAAAUGAAAGUGGAAAGAAAGCGUCGAGGAAGGAUGAAGCGGAUGGCGGGAAGAAGGAGUCCGAGGAAGAGAAGGAGAAAGGGGAUGCGAGCAAGAAGAAGAAGGAUCAGAAAGAGAACGAUGGACAGAAUGAAGAGGAUAAGAGCAAGGAGAGCGACGAAGACGGUUCGGAGAGUCGUGACGACAGCCAGCCGAGCCGUGAUAAGAAGACACCGGAGAAGAAGCGGGCCGAGGCGUCGACCGAAGCUGGAGAAGACGCAGACGCGUCGGUGGACUCAGAGUCCGAGAGGAAGAGAGGCGGUUCGCCUCGGCGACCUGCCUCGCAUGGUUCCGCAGAAAGAAGUGAAGACCAGACAGAGGAGGGUGAGUCUUCUCUCCGUCCCCGCCAUUCGCGGCCGCGAGCGUCGUCUGGGAGCAAGACGCCGAAAACAGCAGGAGAGACGAGAGCGACCCGCGGCAUGAAAGUUUCUCCCAAGUACGCCAUGGAAGCCAUAGAAGACGAAGAAGAUCUCUCAGUGCUUGCGUCGCUCAUGAAAGAAAAUCCACUUCUGCAAGGAGACACCCUGCUGAGGCACGUCGCCAUGACCAUCUUCGCCCCCGUCGACGCCGCCGUCCAGAGUCCAUAUCUCGACUUGGACCAACUGCGAGCCAUGAAAAAAACGAUCCCGAACGCAGAAGCUGUCGAAGAGGCGGUUGUGAUGAUGCAUGUCGUGGCGCCGCGCAUUGUCGAGCCGGAUAGAAUCACCGAGACGCCGCAGACGUUCGAAGCACGCAAUAAACAAAUCUUGACUCUCUAUCGAGUCCCCAGACACUCCACAACGACGAGCACUCUGGCCACAACGCAUGCAGUUCACACGCCAUCCGCAUCGUCGACCCCCUCGUCAGAAAAGCGAGAGAACAACGAUUCUUCUCCUGGAGCUUCAGAGGCAGACGGAGCGACGGGAAAAGCCGACAAGCACCGAGAACCUUCUUCGCCUCGGUCGCCUUCUUCCUCAUCCUCGCCUUCCUUGUCUUCUUCUCAGAAGAACUCGGAAGAAGGACGGAGAGCAGAGGACCGCAGGGGUUCGGACCCAGGAGAGAGGGAAGCACAGAGAGAAGCAGAGAGGAAUACGCCUUCUUCCUCCCUUUCUUCUUUUUCGUUGCAUGCGUCUUCCACCAGGCGUCUUGCAGAGCGUGAGGAGUCACUCGACUCGUUCCCGUUCUCCUUCUCUCCGUUUCCUCUUGUCGAGAACGCCGGAGACUCGGAGGAGUUUUUCUCUCCCUUCGUUCCCCCCCGGCCUCUGUCCGACGCUCCUGCCUAUGUAAACUACGGUCCGGGAGGCAGCUUCCACUCUGUGAAGACCGAGGGGGAACGAUUAGGCGACGCUUCAACUGCGUCGUUUCUUCCUCUUGACAAUCCGUCUCUGUUUCCUUCCUUCUCUGCAGACUCCUCCUUUUCCUCUCCUGUCGCGCAACAGUCGCUCCUUUCUGCUCCUCCCUCUUUUCCUUCGUCACCCUUUUCUCCGUCUUCUUCCUCUGCUUUUUCGCCGUCUUCUUCCCCUUCUAUUUCGCCGAUUUCUCCAAACCGUUGGGAUACUCCCCACUUCUCGGGGGCCUUCUUUGCUUCCUCGCCGUCCCCUGCCGGUGGAGACGACGACCGCCACCGAGAGCAGGGCGAUACAGGAGAUGCAGCUCUCAAUGCGCCUUCGACGUCCUAUCUUCUGUCUUCUCCUUCGCAUUCGUCGUCUUAUUCUUCCUCUGUUGCUUCUUCUCUCCAUCAUUCUCCUCACUCACUUUUUCUUCAUUCUUCUUCCUCGUACUCUCCUUCUCCCCACUUUUCUUCCCCUCCCUCUUCUCCCUCUUCUCCCUCUGUCUCUCGUCCUUCUUCUCCUCACCAGUCCUCUUCGUCCUCUUCUUCCUCUUCUUCUCCGGAGCUGGAGGAGACAGGCGAAGCGCAGGGGACAGGCAUUGAGGACUUGCGGGUCAUGGCACACGGCCGCAUAGCGCGCGUCGUGGGGCUUGUGAAGGCCAAGCGAGGCUACAUCUACAAGAUCGACCGAUUUCUCGCACCGCGCUGGAAUCCUGGUCCAAACAUUGUCGACUUCAUUCGCACCCGAGACAGAUUCUCCAAGAGCAACUACUUCCUCGCCGCCACCCCACCAGAACUGGUUGAAGAGAUUAAAAUGGUGGGUCCUGUCACGUUAUUUAUGGUGCCAGACUCUGGGUGGAUUUUUCCGAACGGCCAGACUGUGCCCUACUGCGUCUUCAACAGUCUUGCGCAGCCGUCGAAUCAGGCCUACGUCCAGGCAAUCAUUUCUUGGUUUGCGGUCCCUGGCAUCUGGAAUCGAACGAUGAUUCAACGCUCUGAUUGGCUACCUGUCGUGGGGAGUCCUCCCAAACUCGCUGUUUCCCAUGUCAACAAACUAGGCGCCGUCGUUCGCCCCACAAUGUGCUCUCCACGAAAGGCUUCUUCUCCUUCUUCGCCUUCUUCGCCUUCUUCUCCUCCUUCUGUUUCUUCUGUUUCUUCUUCCCCCCUCUCUUCUUCGUCUGGCGUUCAGAAGACACCCGAAGAGCUGGAGCGUGCCGCGGCUUUGCAGGCCUUCGGAGCGGCGCGUGAGGCGGAGGCCGCGCGGGAGAAGAAGAGCACGACGAACAUGGAAGGCCUUUCGCGGCGAGAAGAAGGACCGAGGAGGAACUCUGGGGGCGCUGCUGCAGGUCGGGGCAGGGCGCGAGGCGCAAGGGGGACGCCUCGGUCAGGAGGCGUCGAAAACGAGGACUCGGAAAGCGAAGAGAAAAACAAGACAGCAGCCACUCCCGAAGAAGGCGACGCAAGCAGGCAGAGCGAUUCGAAAAAAAACGAAAGAUCAACUUCUUCGACGUCAACGUCCACAAGGAGAACUAGACAUCAGACAUCGCGGCCGCGUCGCCCUGCAACUACCGCCGUUCUUUCGUCUUCUUCUCCUUCAUCUCCUUCUUCUUCUCCUUCACCUUCUUCUUCUCGUUCGUCUUCUUCUCGAUCUUCUUCUUCGACUCCUUCUCCUUCUCGUUCGACUUCUUCUCGAUCUUCUUCUUCGUCUCCUUCUCCUUCUCGUUCGACUUCUUCUCGAUCUUCUUCUUCGUCUCCUUCUCCGUCUUCUCCUUCUCGUGAGUCUUCACCUUCUUCUCCUGCGCCUUCUCGUCAUUUGUUGUCUGAACCUUCUUCGCCUUCGUGGUGGGAAGGCCUGUGGUCGGCAGUGAGGCGCUUGGCGUCGAUCAACUGUGGCGCCUUUUCGAGUGAAGGAACUUCCUUUCUGGAGAGGCUUUUCUCGACCCGUGGUGCUGCAGGAGAGAGGAAGGGAGACGAGCUCUUGGGAGAAGAGCUGGAGAGAGAAACGAAUCGCAGGGGACAUCUGGAGGAAGAGGAAGAAGAUGGCGAGAAAGGAGACAGACAUCUCGCUUUUGCGUGGAGAGAGGAAGACCUGCUGUCUGGAGAAGAGCCUACAAGAAGGAAACUGAGUGGGGUAAUCGACUUGACAGACGGCGGUGUCCUGCAAGGCCAUACAGAGGAGAGCAUGGACGGCAAUGAGCAGGAAGGCGCUUCUCCACGAAGCGGCUUCUUGCCAGAGUCGGUCGUGUCACCGUUUUCUGUAUCCUCUUCUGCAGUUCUUGUGUCUCCCUCUCUUUCCUCUUCUUCACAUGCGUCUCCGGCUGUUUCUCCCUCGACUGCGUCUUCGGCGGUCGCCACCGAACCGCCAGGAUCUUUCUCCGCUCCCGUGUACUCGCAACCUCACUUCUCCUUUUCUGCUUCUUCGUCUGUCUCUUCCUCUGAUUCCUUUUCGUCUCCCGCUUUCUCUUCUUCUCCUGCUGCCGCCCGCGAUACCUGCGAGGGCGGAGAGGACAGAGAGGCUUGCCUGCUUGUCGUUGGGAGGCAAAGAGGUGGGUUCCUCCCCGUGAAAAGAGAAGCCUUUCUCGACAGUAGUAGCCAGAUCGAAAACCAUGCGAGGGAAGGCGGAGCAGCCGCAAAGAAAAGAACGGAGGAAGAGAAGAAAGGCGGAGAGAGGGGAGACAAAAGCGAGGAACGAAACCGCGAGAAAGAGACAGACAGUGUACGCCAGGAAGAGGGACGGCAUCCUAGAGAAAAAAGUAGCAGAGAGGACAAGGAACAAGACGAGCACCGCGAACAAACGCAGGAAGCGAAAGGACAGGAGAACCAACAGACGGAUGACAAGGAGACAGGCGAGAAGAAGAGAGAAAAGGAGAACAGGGAUGAGAAAGAAAAGAAGAAUGAGAAAGAGAGGGAGGACGAGAAGGAGACCAAAGACGAGAAGGAGAAGAAUGAUGAGAAGGAGAAGAAAGACGAGAAGGAGAAGAAGGAUGAGAAGGAGAAGAAGGAUGAGAAGGAGAAGAAGGAUGAGAAGGAGAAGAAGGACGAGAAGGGAAAGAAGGAUGAGAAGGAGAAGAAGGACGAGAAGGGAAAGAAGGAAGAGAAGGAGAAGAAUGAUGAGAAGGAGAAGAAGGACGAGAAGGAGAACAAAGAUGAGAAGGAGAACAAAGAUGAGGAGAAGAAGGACGAUGAGAAGGAGAAGCAAGAUGUAAAGGAGAAGAAGGACGAGAAGGAGAAGAAAGAUGAGAAGGAGAAGAAAGACGAGAAGGAGAAGAAAGACGAGAAGGGAAAGAAGGAAGAGAAGGAGAAGAAGGACGAGAAGGAGAAGAAGGACGAGAAGGAGAAGAAAGAUGAGAAGGAGAACAAAGAUGAGGAGAAGAAGGACGAUGAGAAGGAGAAGCAAGAUGUAAAGGAGAAGAAGGACGAGAAGGAGAAGAAAGAUGAGAAGGAGAAGAAAGACGAGAAGGAGAAGAAAGACGAGAAGGAGAAGAAAGACGAGAAGGAGAAGGAAGACGAGAAGGAGAAGAAAGAUGAGAAGGAGAAGAAAGACGAGAAGGGGAAGAAAGAUGAGGAGAAGAAGGACGAGAAGGAGAAGGAUGAGAAGGAGAAGAAGGACGAGAAGGAGAAGGAUGAGAAGGAGAAGAAGGACGAGAAGGAGAAGAAAGACGAGAAGGAGAAGAAAGAUGAGAAGGAGAAGAAGGAUGAGAAGGAAGAGAAGGAAAGAAGUGAAGCUGAUUCUUCAUCUGGACACUUACGAAAGGAGGCAGAAACCGAGACACUGGACUGUGUCGAGCCCGAGGAUUUCUACACCUUUAUUGAGGGAAGAGAAGUUAUUGAAUGGGACAUUCCGAUCUUCAACGGCCUGGUCCACGUCUUGGCCGAGUCUGUGCUGCGUCCGGACAUUAAAAUGAUGGCGACUCAGCUCGCACUCUGGCAAUGCACGCACCAGUUCUGCUUCGACUGCCCCCGGCUGGGAGGAUUCUUUCUCCACUACAUCGACACUAAAGGACUUCUCGCAGGUCCUGCCCCAUUCGACUUUGAAGCUCCUCCCUCUGUCCGUCCUGAAUGGGUCUGUAGAGGCGCCAAGGGAUACUUCCCUCCAGGGUGGACAAAAGGCGCAUGGAAAACCUUCGUGGAUGCCGCCGCCUCGCAGCCGCCGCCGGGGUCGCCGAGAGCCGCGGCGGCCGCGAGAGCCGUCGAGCGCCUGGCGAACGAAGGCGCGAAGAAGGCUGCAGAAAACAGGCGGAAGAUCGAAGAAAGAUACGCGGAAAUAAGGCGACAAUCCUUAGAGGCUUACUCGCGGUACAAUGCACUGGAAGCAGUCGAGGAGAAGAAGUACCUGCCUGGAUUCCAUAAGAUGAAAAAGAGCUACUCAGACAAGCAUCUGCAGUGCCAUGGCGAGGAGUUGAGCAGCGUCAUUGCAGAGCACUUCACAGAGAAAGACCUGAAAUUCGUUCUGCCCUGGAAGUAGCAGAGAAGCCAGAGGGCGACGAGAACUCCCGUGAAAAGAAACGAGACACCACCCCCCCAGAGCAGUGAGAGGGAGAGAAGGCAAAGCGUGCGAGAGACAGAAAGAGAAAGAGAGAGAGAGAAAGAGAAGACGAAAAAGAGAACAACGGAGGAGCGAGAAGAGAAGAAUACGAUGGAACACAGUAAAAGAGAAGGAGAGAGAAGAUGAGAAGAAACAAAACGUACGAGAGGAGGGAAGAGUGCAGCGAACCGUGCAAGCGCCUCGAGAGGGAACACAGCAAAUGCCGAGAUCCAAACAUCCUCAACUCCCAAAGAAAGUCGAACCGAGCUUCUCUCAGCGAGAGAGAACGCGAGCUUCACAUUUGCGCAUUCCCUGUCUGAGGACGCCUACACGAGCUCCGACGAUAGCACGCUUGAAAUGUACAUCAGCAACUAUAAAUAGCCAUAGAUAGCCACUAAAUACAUCUUGAAACAUUCAAUGAAAAGUCAAGGCAAAAACGCAGCCGGAUUUCCCUGCGUUCUCACUUCAUUACCAGUGGUGAACGCGAAGAUGUAAAGCGUAUGCCCCUUUUCUCUAUCAAAAUCGCAAUGGUUUUUCUGAUCUGUCAACUCGCUCGUCAAAAAGACGCAGCUCUUUUUCUGAGUCCCUCCGAGACACCAAAGUGGAAAUGUGCGGCGCUACAGUGUGUGGCGUAGCGGUGAACAGAGGGGAGACUCUCGCUGUUCAAGAAGCCUCUGGUGUAUUAACUUCCUUGCUUCUUGUCCUUUGAGAUAUCAUACCACUGGCGAGCAGGGAACCGUGUUUCAGGGAACGGGGAUUCUUUUUGUCUCCUGUCUUCCUGUCCUUCCUUUUCCACUCAUUGCUGUGUUCUUUGGAAGAGAAAAAAACUCGUACCGGCGUCUCCCUCUUGCUGUUUCUCUGGGAGGACAGAGGAGCAUUUCUCUGCAUUCGUCAAAGCGUGAGCGUUGGAGGUUUUCGGCCCUCCUUUGUAAUGUCUCUCUCUCUCUCUGUUCCUGCAUGUCGGCCUCGCGUUCUUCUCUUCCUCGCUUCCUGUGUCUUUCUUUCCGAUUUC